AGCAAUCUCCAAGAUGUCAGAUCAGCACAAGAGCGCCAGGAUAGGCUCUAAAAAAUGCCUAAGACAGUUUAUCAAAACCAAUUCCUCAAAUUACCUGAAACAUGAAGAGCCCAAACUUGUCAGUCUACAUGAGAGGAGGUAAGAGAAAAUUGGAGAUGAAGAAUGAACUCAAAGGGACGAAAUUCGGCAAAAACAGCACCCAGAACUCCCACGCCACUGACUCUCUGAACUUUAAAAGAACCUCUGUAGCAGAUACGCUGAAAUAAGUGCAACCUUGAGAGGAAAUUAGCCACAGAACGGGAAAAUGAUAUUAAGGCGAAAUCUUUCAAACAGGCUACACAAAAGAGAGGCUUUACUAGCACCAGAUUUAUUCGUAAAAAGGUCAGUACGAAGAUUGAUAAAUUGAAACAAAGCCCGUUGAAGAAAAAGUUAGGACUCUUUGAUUCAAUCAGGCAAAAUAAGGAACAAAGCCAGGAUAGAUCCAAAAGGAAGGAACUAUCUUCCAAAAUCGAUAAAUUGUUUUUCUCAAAACACCACAACGAGCAAAACAAGUCUACGAUGUCUCAAACAAAUCAUGUUAAUACAUUAGAUACUCCGAAGCACAUCCAGGUGAACAUCUUGGAGUUCAGUAACAAAGUGCAACAUCUGAGCUCUAGAACAAAGAAUGACUUCUUCUCCUCGACACUGAGUGAUAAUAAGCUAUCAGAGCUUCAUACAUGUUCUGAUAUGAAGUCCCGUAAAGGCUAUGUUGAAGGUGAGGAAAAUGUGAAGGAUACCGAGGAGAUUCUGGACCAUAAGAAUCAUAGUCAUGCCUUACAGAAAGCUAACUCCCAGCUUAACUCUGUUGAAGAGGUUCAAGAUCAGAAAAUCGCGAAGUUAUCUGGCCAACAACACCCAAAGAAUUCUCUGACGAUUGGAAGUAAAACAGAUCGCAACUUUAUUCCUAGAACUUGUCGUAGAAUUGAUAAGGACCCAAUGUGGUUAGUCAAUGUUAUCAGACAGAGCAGUAAAGAGUCACAUCAGCUUUCAAGAAAAAGAGAGGAUUCUGCCUCCGGUAGUCGGAAUGAUUACUCAAAAUCAAGCAGAAAGGGGUUUUAUAAUAAAAGCAGGGCUCAACACCAGUAUAUUUCUAGCAGGAAAGGCAGCAGUAAGAGGGUCACACACAGUCAAAAUCGAAUGAUAAAGUUCUCUCAAAAUCACUCAAAGCUUUAUAUGAAUUUAGCAAAUUUGAACUAAGCCUAAAAAU